UAUGAAAUUUUUUCUCUUAUAGCAUCUCAUGAUCGAUUCAUGAAGAAAACGGAAGGGAUCCAAUGUCAAGCUAUCUUUUCUGCUUUUUUUUUCUUUCCCUUUCCCAAUAAUCAAGAUUCAGAGAGCUUUGUUGUUUCAAGACAUCAUCAUGCAUGCAUGCGUGCAUCCAUCCACCCACACAGACACAGUCACACAGUACUCUAUAUAUACUCCCUGUUACAUGUUCUCACAAUUAAUUAUACAUCUACUCCAAGAAGUAAAAGUAGUUGAUUUUGUUUGAUUAAUGAUGGGGAGAUCAGCAUCAGCAUCAGGUUGGUGUGAUGAAAAGAGCAGCUCAGUAAAGAAAGGGCCAUGGACACCGGAGGAGGAUGAAAAGCUGGUGGAAUACAUAAAAAGAUAUGGGCAUGGGAGUUGGAGAGCCCUGCCCAAGCUUGCAGGCUUGAACAGGUGCGGAAAGAGUUGCAGGCUCAGAUGGACCAACUAUCUCAGGCCUGAUAUCAAGAGGGGAAACUUCUCCCAGGAAGAAGAGCAAACCAUCAUCAACCUCCAUGCUCUUGUUGGAAACAAAUGGUCGGCCAUAGCUAAUAAUCUUCCAGGAAGGACGGAUAACGAAAUCAAGAACUUUUGGAAUACUCAUUUGAAGAAAAAGUUGCUCCAAAUGGGCAUCGAUCCUGUUACCGACAGGCCAAUCACAGCUAAUAAUAGUGAUAAUAUUCAUAAUCUGUACUAUCUCAUGAUCAAUCAUAUUCUCUCCAGUUUGGCACCGCAGUUGCUUGCUUCUUCUGGCACAUGCAGCAGCUUGGCUAAUAAUAAUUUGAUGAUGAAUAUGAAUCCACGGGGUGCUGAUCUCAUGAGGCUCCACUACUCCGACGCCAAAAUCCAAGUCCUGCGAAACAUACUAGUACAACAACUCCUAAGCAGCACUAGCACUCCAAAUCUGGAAGCAGCUUUUAAUUAUCUUUUGCCAUCGUAUUCAUCAUCAUCAGUUCAUGAUCAUAUUGAUCAUGAAUAUUCAAGAGUCAAUAUUAAUCAUUAUAAUUAUUUUCCUCAUCUCCAAGGUUUUGGCAACGGCGGCGCCCCAAUUGGUUUUGUUCCACAAAAUCCCACUCAUGCUAGUGCUCAGCCGUCCAACUUAAGUUCAAACAUUUCAGGCCUACUCAAAGCUCUUCAUGAUCUUGAUCAUAGCCAGCCGCCACGUGCACCACCGGUACUAGUACCAUCCAGCGGCAGCGGGACCGGGACGUCUGAUAAAUUAUUGGGAUAUGAUGAUCAUGCAACCUUCUUCUCUAGUACUACUGGCUCAAACAAGAUUUGUACCAACAACAACAACAACAGAGAUCAUAGCCACCAGCUUCAGCUUGGAGGUAGCUCAUCAUCAUAUGCAACUCCAACAGAUCAAUUACCACUUUUGGUCCGCUCACCUGCACCCUCUCCCGAUACUUCCGCUGCCAAUCCCACUGUGGAAAACAAUAUCUCAAAUACUACUUAUUCAACCACCUUUGAAGCUUGGGGGAAUCCUCCUGAUCUUAUGGAUCACGACGACGACGCAACUAAUCACUCCUACUGGAAACACAUCAUCAUGGACUUAGCAUCUUUGCAGACAUGGCCAAUCUCGUAGAAGAGCUCUCUCAGUUUGAUUUCAGACACGAUAUCUCCAUUAAUUAAUACUACUGUAGAUCAAAUCAAUAAGUUACCAUUAUGGUUGAUUAGAUAGUUUCAUUCAUGUUGAUCAUGUAAAUGUUUUAGUUUAUUGCAUUGCAGCAUUCGAUCAGCUUGAAGUGAUUGCUAUA